AUGAGAGACACACGAAAGGUCUAUGGUGGUUCCUCUCGUGCACUAAUCAUUGCUUUUGAUGUCGGAACCACUUUCAGCGGUGUAUCAUAUGCCCUACUCGAACCGGGCGAAGUCCCAAAAAUUAACGGUGUCACUUGUUUCCCUGGUCAAGAACAUGUAGCCAGUAAUUCCAAGAUUCCCUCUGUCAUGUAUUACAACAAGCAUGGCAGAGUCAUGGCUGCUGGCGCUGAGACGGACAAUGCUUCCAUAACAAUCCAGGCCGAGACUGGGGAAUGGAUAAAAACGGAACUUUUCAAGCUUCGCCUGCGGCCGAAGAGUAUGACACUGACAAUGAAUGGGAUGCGUCUAAGUCCGCUGCCACAGAAUAAAAAGUCCGUUGAUGUUUUUGGAGACUUCCUUGCCUAUCUCUUUCGCUGCACGAAGAGUUUUAUCAUAGACACACAUACUAAUGGCCAGACCUUGUGGCAUCAUGUCGAAUCCACCAUUGAGUUCGUGCUGAGCCAUCCUAACGGCUGGCAAGGUGCUGAGCAGACGAGGAUGCGACGCGCUGCCGUGUAUGGGGGUCUGAUUCCUGACACAGAUGAAGGCCGAGCGCGAAUCCGUUUCGUCACGGAAGGAGAAGCUAGUCUCCACGCAUGUGUUCAGAGCUGUCUUGCUGCCGACGCCUUUUCUAAUUCGUCUAGGCAUGGAUUCCUUGUAGCUGAUAUGGGCGGUGGCACGCUUGAUAUUUGUUCCUACGCAGUCCGAGGGACCAAUCCCCUGGUAAUCGAAGAGGUUGCUCCUCCUGAUUGUAUAUUUGCUGGAUCUGUCUUUGUCAGCCAUAGGGCAAGAGAAUUCCUAGAGGAGAAGCUCAAGACUUCGAAACGGCUAUUCCGAGACAAAACAGAUUUACAAUUCGUUCCAUUUGGCUCUCCAUUUGACAAAGAUCUCUCAGUCGGUAUUCACAGAGGUCAAUUGACAAUUGAUGGCGCGCAGGUGGCAGAAUUUUUCGAACCUUCUGUCCAGGCGGCGAUCGCGGCGAUCAAAGCCCAGGUUGACGCGUCGCAAGGGAUGAUCAAAUCCGUCUGGUUGGUGGGAGGAUUCGCGGCCAGCCCGUGGCUCUUUAGUCAAUUACAGGAACGUCUUGCUCCAAUGAAUAUUAGUGUGAGCAGACCUGACAACCAGACUUCAAAAGCUGUGGCCGAUGGUGCACUUAGCUUCUACUGCGAUCACCAUGUUUCGGCCCGGAUGUCGAAAUUUACGUAUGGGGUGGAGUACUUGCGUGAGUACAAUCCCAACGAUCUGGAGCACCAGUCUCGGAAAGGUCGACUUUGCGAGCUUCCUUCUGGUUCUCGGCUUCUUCCCGAUGGGUUCGACUGUAUCCUUGCUCGAUGUGUGAAGGUUAAAGAAUCCACGGUGUUCUCGCGGAAGUAUUGCACGGAAGUUACCAAUCUGUCUGCCCCCCCUGUGUUCGAAGUAGAGAUAUGGUGCUACAGUGGUGACGCGAUUCCACAGUGGAUUUUACGCCAUGAAGAGGACUAUUCGAUAUUAUGCGUAGUCCGUGCUGACCUGUCGCUCCUCAGUAGAAGUGCAGAGCCUAAACGAAGCAAGAACGGCAGGACAUAUUGGACGAUCGUGUUCAGCGUUGAGAUUCACUUUGGUCUCACCGAGUUCAAAGCGCGGAUAAAGUGGAAUGACAACGGGACAAUCAAAUAUGGACCUGCGUCUAUCGUGUAUAGCGAGAGCGGCUACCAUGCUGACGAAGACGAACUAGACAUCUCAGAAGAUGACUACGCCCGACCGCAUUCUGAAUCUCUUUCACCAUCGCCCUCUCAUUCCGUCGCUGUCCCUCACGAGUCACUCGCUUCGGGUAUCAAGACUCCUCUGGGAGCCCCACGAGUGGAGGCCACAUCAAUAGAAAACCAAGACCGUAGCCGGACGAGUGUAAUCUCAGCUCAAUUAUCCGCUUCUGAGGUGUCGACCCCCUCGUCUCCGACCCUAACGGCUACUGAACGUGGGGUGGGGAGCAACACGACAUCAAUAUCUCAACUCACAGCUGAACAAAGCACCCAGGAGUUCAAGCGACAACGGACAGUGUCUACCGCCUCCAAUGUCUCCACAGUAGUUGGGAGCACUGUUGAGCGAGGUGGAAGGAUGUCGACAGUCUCUGUCUCAGCUGUUUCUCAAUAUGACCAUACAGCUUCUUCCCAGACAACACUUAUAGCCGCUUCUCAGCCUCCUUCAGCUGCCCUCCAGCCUGCACCCCCAGUCACUGGUGAAACUCGCGGACGGAAUGCUGAACCCCCUGCUGAAGACAAAGGCAAGGGGAGGAAUAAAACCCCCUCACCUCCUUCCCUGAUUGACCCACCUCAACACUCCGUGCACGAGAUACCAAACACGACCAUAUUGAAAUAUGAUCUAAAAUCUGCCUCGAAUGUCUCUCACCAUGUCCAUACAGCUUCUUCCCAGCAAACAAAUUCCAUGCACGAGAUACCUGCUAAAGAUAAAGGCAAGGGGAAGAAUCAAACCUCCUCACCUCCUUCCCCAAUUGACCCACCUCAAAGCACCGUGCACGAGAUCCCAAACACGACCACAUUGAAAUAUGAUCUGACAUCUGCCUCGACUGUCUCUCACCAUGUCCAUACAGCUUCUUCCCAGCAAACAUUCCUUGCCGCUUCCCUGCCCCUCCAUUCCCGGAUUGACCCACUUCAAAGUUCUGUGCACGAGAUACCAGAUUCUUCCCAGCAAACACUCCUAGCCACUUCCCAGCCUCCUCUGGCUGCUGUCCAAUCUGCACCUCCUUCACGAAUUGACUCACCUCGGACCAAGCACGAGAGGCCAGCUUCUUCCCUGCCUACCCCUCCAGCUGUCAUCCAGCCUACAUCCCCAGUCACUGUUGAAACCAGACGGGACACUGAACCCCCUGCUAAAGAAAAAGGCAAGGGGAAGAACAAGACCCCGAAUACCACCUCACCUUUCCAGAUUGACCCACCUGCAACCACUGUGCACGAGAUACCAGUUACUGCCGAAACUCGCAAACAAGAUGCUAAAUCCCCUGCUGAGAAUAAAGGCAAGGGGAAGAACAAGACUGCCAAGACCACCUCGCCUUCUUUCCAAAUUGACCCACCUCCAACCACCAUUCACGAGAUACCAGAGGGUAAUGAUUUCGAGGAGAGAUUCCGGGGAGAAAGAGGUUGA